GGCACCAAAUCACCUUCUCCUCCUCUUUAUUUGGGGAGGGAGAAAGGGAGACAGAGAGAAGAGAGCAGAGAUGGCAGCUGAUUGGGGACCUGUGGUGGUAGCAGUUAUACUCUUCGUCCUUCUCUCCCCAGGCCUUCUUGUUCAGAUACCAGGGAGGUCGAGGGUUGUAGAGUUCGGGAGCUUCGGCACCAGCGGCAUAGCCAUUCUGGUUCAUACCAUCAUUUACUUUGGCGUUCUCACCAUCUUCGUUAUAGCAAUUGGAAUACACAUCCACAGUGGCUGAUCUGCAUACGUCCCACUCUGUACUCGUACAGUUGUUCGCGUGUAUAUUUGCAUAUGUUAAGUGCGUUGGAAGGGUUGAGAGAGAGAGAGAGAGUCCUGAAAUCUUUUUUUUUUGAAUCUCGGUUCGGCUGAUUUCCCAUUUCUUUUGAAUUGGAGUCUUUAAACAGUUUAUGUUUUUUGUUGCAAGCUAGUGCUCAUGGCCACAAGCUGGAGUCCAAGUCAAUCCUCUAUAAGUUGAUCAGUAAUUGCUCAGAGACGAAAACGAAUAUAAUUUAAGUGUUGCUUUUGUGUUGGUC